AAAAGAUCACCAUCAUAUUCUGUAGUAAAAUACUCCUGCAAUGCAAAUAUAUCGAAAGCUUUCGUCAGAAUACGUUUGUACAGUUUUGCCACUGGAUUUCAUAUUGCGGCGUCAGGUUCAUCAUAUACAGGAAAUUUCACAAUAGUAAAUGACACGAAGAUUUCCUGUUUUGGUGCAUAUGGCGACUACACGGGAAUUGUGAAAGAACAAACAGUUUAUAUUUUUAACGCGAAUGCAUCUUCACUGAAUGGAGUAGGAAUAACAAUGCACAGCUUUAACAAUAUAACGUUCACCUGUUUCUCAGAGAGUACAUUUGCAGAAACUGCGUACCACUGGUAUUUGAAUGGUACUAAAACAAUAGCAGGAAUACUGAAAGAGAUGCCUGGCAACCAAACAUUUGGGUAUCUUACUUUAACAAACUUGUCUAAAGAUGCGUACGUUACGGUAACUUGCAGAUGGCAUUAUAGACAUUCCUUUGUUGAUCAACGGAGCAUAAGCGCGUCCUUAUGGACCAUUCCACAAGUUACUCUUAGUUCUCCUGGCGCAUCGUCUUUAUAUUCAGUGGUGAAGUAUAGCUGUAUUUCUACUGUAAAAAAUGCUGAUGUUCACGUCGCUGUGGUACCCUUAUCUUAUAAAAAUGUAUCCUACAGUGUCAACAAGGGAAACUAUGAAGGACAUUUCAUAAUUUGGAAUGACACGAAGAUUUUCUGUUUUGCCAAUUAUAAUGGUCAGCGUGGAAUCAUCCAAGAAAGAGUGGUUCUCGUACGUCCAGUAAAUGCAUCUUUACUGGACGGAGUGGGCGUAAUAAUGCACAGCUUUAGCAACAUAACGUUUUCCUGCUUCACAAAUCGGACAUCGCUCAACAACACAUAUAAAUGGUAUUUGAAUGGUAACCCCAUAACAACAGGGAUCUCUGAAAGAACACUUGGCAACAAAGUAUAUGGCUAUCUUACUUCAACAAACUUAAACCAAAAUGCGACAGUGAAGAUAACGUGCAAAUUGUUUUAUAGCAACACCAUUGUUGCCGAACGGAGCAUAAACAUAUCUAUCCCAUCUAUUCCACAAGUUCGUCUUACUUCUCUGAACACAUCAUCUUUAUAUUCUGAGGUGAAUUACAGCUGUGACUCUAACCGGCCAAACGCAGAUGUUUACGUAGCAGUCGUACCUUUACAUCUUAAGGAUAUAUCAUACAGUGUUCAAAAAGCAAGCUAUACAGGACGUUUCACAAUUUCGAAUGACACGAAGAUUUUCUGCUUUGCCACUUAUAAUGAUCAGCGUGGAAUCAUCCAAGAACACGUGAUUUAUGCACUCCCAGUAAAUGCAUCUUUGCUGGACGGAGUGGGCGUAAUAAUGCACAGUUUCAGCAACAUAACGUUUUCCUGCUUCUCAAAUCGGACAUCGCUCAACAACACAUAUGAAUGGUAUUUGAAUGGUAACCUCAUAACAACAGGGAUCUCCAAAAGAACACUUGGCAACAAAAUAUAUGGUUAUCUUACUUUAACAAACAUAAACCAAACUGCAAGAGUCAACAUAACGUGCAAAUUGUUUUAUAGCAACACCAUUGUUGCCGAACGGAGCAUAAACAUAUCUAUCCCAUCUAUUCCACAAGUUCGUCUUACUUCUCUGAACACAUCAUCUUUAUAUUCUGAGGUGAAUUACAGCUGUGACUCUAACCUGGCAAAUGCAGAUGUUUACGUAGCUGUCGUACCUUUACAUCUUAAGGAUAUAUCAUACAGUGUUCAAAAAGCAAGGUAUACAGGACGUUUCACAAUUUCGAAUGACACGAAGAUUUUCUGUUUUGCCAAUUAUAAUGGUCAGCGUGGAAUCAUCCAAGAACACGUGAUUCAUGCACUCCCAGUAAAAGCACCUUUGCUGGACGGAGUGGGUGUAAUAAUGCACAGUUUCAGCAACAUAACGUUUUCCUGCUUCUCAAAUCGGACAUCACUUAACAACACAUAUGAAUGGUAUUUGAACGGUAACCUCAUAACAACAGGGAUCUCCAAAAGAACACUUGGCAACAAAAUAUAUGGUUAUCUUACUUUAACAAACAUAAACCAAAAUGCAAGAGUCAACAUAACGUGCAAAUUGUUUUAUAGCAACACCAUUGUUGCCGAACGGAGCAUAAACAUAUCUAUCCCAUCUAUUCCACAAGUACGUCUUACUUCUCUGAACACAUCAUCUUUAUAUUCUGAGGUGAAUUACAGCUGUGAUUCUAACCUGGCAAGCGCAGAUGUUUACGUAGCUGUCGUACCUUUACAUCUUAAUAAUAUAUCAUACAGUGUUCAAAAAGCAAGGUAUACAGGACGUUUCACAAUUUGGAAUGACACGAAGAUUUUCUGUUUUGCCAAUUAUGAUGGUCAGCGUGGAAUCAUCCAAGAACACGUGAUUCAUGCACUCCCAGUAAAAGCACCUUUGCUGGACGGAGUGGGUGUAAUAAUGCACAGUUUCAGCAACAUAACGUUUUCCUGCUUCUCAAAUCGGACAUCGCUCAACAACACAUAUAAAUGGUAUUUGAACGGUAACCCCAUAACAACAGGGAUCUCCAACAGAACACUUGGCAACAAAAUAUAUGGUUAUCUUACUUUAACAAACAUAAGCCCAAAUGCGAGAGACAAGAUAACGUGCAGAUUGUUCUACGGUAACAUCUUUGUUAAUGAAAGGAGCAUAAACACAUCUAUUGAUUCCUUUCCACAAGUCAGUCUUAAUUCUCCGAACGUAUCAUCAAUAUAUUCUAAGGUGAAUUACAGCUGUGUUUCUAGCCUGCCAAAUGCUGAUGUUUACGUAGCCGUGGUACCUUUCCAUUAUAAAACUAUAUCAUACAGUGUUCAAAAGGCAAAAUAUUCAGGAAAUUUCACAAUUCAACAGGACAUGAAGAUUUUCUGUUAUGCCAAUCAUAACGGCGUACGUGGAAUCAUAAAGCAAAAUGUGGUCUUCUUAAGAGAAGUUCAGAAAUUUACAAUACAGCGAAUAACAACAACAAUGCACAGUGAUAACAACAGAACAUUCACUUGUUACGCAAACAGUACAGCUGCACGUAUCACGUAUGAAUGGUAUGUCAAUGGUAGUCGUCUAACAGCAGGAAUAAAGCAAAGUACAGUGCAAAACGAAUCACUGUCAGAACUUUCUUUGACAAACUUAUCACGAAAUUAUUUUGCCAUCAUAACGUGCCGAACAUUUUAUAGAACCUUAUUUAUGGACGACCAAAACAUAACCACAGAUAUUGCAUCGAUUCCACAAGUCACUAUUAACUCCCAGAACUUAUCAUUAUCCAAUUCUGUGGUGAAUUAUAACUGUUAUAGUAACGUACGAAAUGCUGAUGUUUACGCGACUGCGGUACCUUCAACUCAUAAAACUGUAUCAUACCCUGCUGCUGUAAAAGGAAAUGUCACAGGACACUUUACAAUGGUAAAUGAAACGAAGAUUUUCUGCUAUGCUGAAUACGGUAACAAAAGAGGAAUCAUAAAAAGCAAAACCGUUUACUUACUUGAAAUUGCCAGAUUUUCAAUACUUAAAAUAACUACUAAGCAAAGUGUUAACAGCAUAACCUUCACUUCUCGCACAGACAGUAAUUUAACAAAUUUAAUACAUAAAUGGUACUUUAAUAACAUUGACAUAACAACAAAAAUGACACAAAUGAUGGUAAAUGGAAAAUCGCAAUCCGAAGUGACCUUAAGUGAUUUAGAAGAAAACAAUUCAGAUACGAUAACAUGCGAAGUAUUUUAUCAAACUUUGCGAAUUGAUAAGAAGAAAAUAUACACAUCCAUCUCAUCCAUACCACAAGUUACCGUAAAUGUCUUUCCAAUGUCACUAGUUGGUUAUUCCGUGAACUACAGUUGCAAAAGCUCCGUAAAGAAUUCUAAUGUUCACGUCACUGUGGAAUACCCCGGAAGCAGUAAAUCUUACACAAAUGUAUCAAGCUAUAUGGGACGUUUCCAAAUGGUAGAUGACACAAAGAUUUCUUGUUAUGCUGAAGGUGAUGGACGGAGAGGCAUAAUAAAAGAAAAAAUGGUUACAUUAGCAAAAGUUGAGGAAUUUCUAAUUACACAAAUAACAACUACAAUGCAUAGCAUUGACAACAUAACGUUCGCUUGUUAUACAAACAGUAGUUCUACGGCAAUCACAUACAAAUGGUAUUUCAACAACAGUAUUAUUACAAGUGGAAAGAAACAAAUGUUGCUGAAUAGACAAUCAGUAGGAUUUCUCACCUUAAGCAACUUACGACCAAAGGACAAAGGAUUGGUUACUUGUGAAGCCUAUUUCAAAAUCUUGAGAAUUGCUAAAAAACAGAUUGACUUUUCUGUCUCAACGAUCCCUCGGGUGACACUGACUUCAGUUCAAGUUGCAAAUAUCAAUACCCCGGUAGUAUACAGCUGUACAAGUAGUGUUAAUAAUGCAGAUGUUUAUGUAUCUUCCCCAAAUACAAAGAGCAUAAAUCCUGACCAAAGCAGAUCAAGCUACAACGGAAAAUUUACAAUAAUAUCUGACACCAAGAUUUCCUGCUACUCCAAACACAAUCUUCUUCAAGGCCCCGUCGUAGAGACUACAGUGUUCGCAUCAAAAGGUGAAAAAUCAUGUGAGGAAGAAACUUAGAAAAACUCGUUUGGCCCAAAACACUUUCUAAAAAGAAUGCUACGGUUUCAUGUCCAGAAGGUUUCGAAGGAAGUGUUACAAGACAAUGCAACAAAGAUGGCCAAUGGGAGAAUUUUGAUCAAUCAGGUUGUGCAAAGAUUGCAAUUAUCGAUGCGAAAGCUGAGUUGGAGAAAAUUUCGCUUGGUUUGUCAACUGACCUGGCGACUCCUGUCAAGGAACUUGCCACGGCAACGAAUACAACCUUGAAAAAGAAAGAACUAGUUAUAUCUUUUGAAGCGAUAACAGAAAUUGUUGAAAUCACUGAAAAUUUAAAGGUUAUCAAGGAA